AUGCUACCGUUAGACAAUAAUGAUAAUACACACAUUAUACUAAUGAAUGAUCAACAUUCACCUCAAGAUAAAUUAACAUACAAUUGUCCAAAAACUAUCCCGAUGAAAGAAUCUUGUAAGCCAGAGAAGAAAAUUAGCAUUUUAGAAAUUGUAUGUGAUACAUUCUCCAUUAGAGGUGUUGCACGUAUGAAACGUGGACCGCCAUUUCUACGUGGUUUAUGGUUUUGUUUCGUAUUAACAAUGACAGCGGGAUUAUUGUUGACUACAUAUCUAUUGGUACAAGAUUAUUUAGUUUAUGAUGUAUCAGUGAAUAUACACGUUGCUUUAGAUACUAAAUCACCAUUUCCAGCAUUAACUGUCUGCCAUCAUCAUCCAUUUUCACAAAAUGCAUACAAUUUAUGGCGUGAUCAUGAUGUUAUGUCACCGAGUUUAUUUAAUAAACAUAUGCGUAAUUUAACCAAUAAAUUUCUUAUGGAAAAUGAUGUUGACACAGCAGAAACUCUGUAUCAAUAUGAUAGUUUGUCAAUUUAUUAUCAAAAUUUAAAAGCGAUCGAUGCUUAUCGUCUAGGACAUGAUACAACGGCAUUUUUAAAUUGUAUGCGACGUGUUAAUCAAACUAUGCAAAUUGAAGAUAAUUGUAUGCAUAUGGAUGGAUUUCAAAUACGUAAAUUUAGUCAUCAUACAUAUUUCAAUUGUCAUACAUUUGAACCGAAAACUAAAGCUGAAGCUGAAGAUACUGAUACAAUUGCAUUGAUUGUUAGUUUAGGUACAGAUCCAAAUUAUAGUAUGCAAGAACAAGCAUUUCUUGUGGAUUUAUUUGAAAUGGCACGUGGUUUACGGUAA